AUGCGCCGCAUGAAGAUGAACCUCGAUCCGGAUUUGGGCGAUCUCGAGGAGAUGCUGGCCCACGUGCAGACGCAGCUCGAACAGGAGAUAGACCUCGAGAAGGAGUCGAAGAUGACGUCCGUGUUCAAUGUGCACGAGUCGCCCAGGGCUCAGAAGAGGAGCCCCUCGCUGAACAGGGCGGGGACCCUGGACACCCGCAGGCAGCCGCCCAGACCGCCCCUGGCCAGGGUGCACAGCGACCUCAACGAUGACAGGGUCAGCUACUCGGAACUGCACCGCAACGAGAGACUGCGCGGAUCGCAGACCAGCCUGAGGUCAGACGACUCCGCCUCUCAGGCGUCCUUUCAUUCGUUCCGCUCCGAACCCGCUAACGGCCAGCGGCAUUCGGCCCUCGGCCUGCCCGACAAGAGGGGCUCGCCCACCUCGCUCAACGGCAAGGGCAGGACGGCCACGCUGCCGCGCGGCUACGGUUCCAGCAAGGAGAAGGCGGCCUGGGAGGAGUACUGGGCCUACGAGCAAUCGAUAAGCAGCGCCCGCGCCUCCGUGAUGGUGUACGACGACCACGCCAAGAGGUGGAUCCCCUCGGGGUCCAGCUCGGGCCUCUCGAAGGUCCACAUCUACCACCACACCCAGCACAACACGUUCCGGGUGGUCGGCAGGAAACUGAACGAUCACGAGGUCGUGAUAAACUGCGGCAUCGUCCGCGGCCUCAAGUACAACCAGGCGACGGCCACGUUCCACCAGUGGCGGGACGCGCGCCAGGUCUACGGGCUGAACUUCUCCUGUCGCGAGGACGCCGACAGCUUCGCCAGGGCGAUGAUGCACACGCUCGAGAUCCUGGCGAACAAGGCGAACGCUACCUCGGCGCCCCCGCCCCCGCAGCCCCCCAACCCGCCGGUACCGUACAACGGGCACAACAGCACGCACUACGACGAGGACAUGGGGUACAGGACAAUGACCCGCGAGGACGCGGCCAUGCUGCAACAGCCGCAGUACCACGCGCCCCACAACCAGCUGCAACAGCACCAGCCGAUCCAGCAGCACCAGCCGAUACAGCAGCACCAGCCGAUCCAACAGCAUCCGCAGUACCACCAGCAGCCGAGCCAGUACCACGCGCCGCACCAACACCACCAGGCGCCCCCACAACAGCUGACCAGCGUGGUGAGCAACGCCCCCCCGGCGCCUCCACCCCACGCGGCUCAUGGCGCCCUGGGCCCCCACACGCUGCCGCACGCGCCCCACACCACUCACGCGCCGUCGGGCCACCACCGCACCAGCAGCGCCCCGAUGCCGCCUAACAUGUCGCUCUCCGCCGCCGGCGCCCCGCCCCCCGUCCCGCCGCACCAGAACCUGCCGGCGCCAGCCAACGUAAGCGAGCCUCAUCACCACUACACCGAUCACCACUACACUGAUCACCAC